AUGGUGCUGGUGCUGCUGGUGGCCAUCCCUCUGCUGGUGCACAGCUCCAAGGCGGCCGCGCACUACGAGAUGCUGGGCAGCUGCCGCAUGGUCUGCGACCCCUACCCUGAGCUGCCCCCCGCCUCCCCCCCGCCCCCCUUCCUACCCGGCGCCAAGGGCGAACCGGGGCGCAAGGGCCGUGCCGGGGCGCGGGGUCCCCCCGGACCACCAGGACCGCGGGGGCCACCGGGUGAGCCAGGCCGGCCCGGGCCGCCGGGGCCACCGGGGCCAGGUCCCGGGGGGUACAUCCCCUCCUUCUACAGCCCCAAGAUCGCCUUCUACGCGGGGCUGCGGAAGCCCCACGAGGGUUACGAGGUUCUGCGCUUCGACGACGUUGUCACCAACGUGGGCAACUACUACGAGCCCUCGAGUGGGAAGUUCACCUGCCCCCUCCCCGGCAUCUACUUCUUCACCUACCACGUCCUGAUGCGCGGUGGUGACGGCACCAGCAUGUGGGCUGACCUGAUGAAGAACGGGCAGGUGCGGGCCAGCGCCAUCGCGCAGGACGCCGACCAGAACUACGACUACGCCAGCAACAGCGUCAUCCUGCACCUGGACGUGGGGGACGAGGUGUUCGUCAAGCUGGACGGCGGCAAAGUCCACGGGGGCAACACCAACAAGUACAGCACGUUCUCGGGGUUCAUCAUCUACCCUGACUGACCCCCCGGGGCGCCCCCCGGGACAGCCCCACCGACCCCCAUCCCACAUACAGCACCUGCUCGGGGUUCAUCGUCUCCCCUGCGAGGACACGGCGGGGGGGUCAUCCUGGCUGCCACCGGUGUCACUGUCCCCCCGCAACAGCACCGGCCCCCCCUGCUGCCCGGCACCUCCCCAUGUCAGUGUGUCCCCCCCCGCAUGCCAGCGCCCCCCAGGGUAUCGAGGUGUCCUGCUCCUGUCCCCCUCCCCCUGUCACUGGGCUCUGUGUCCCCCCCCAAUAAACCACUGCGGGUUUGG